AUGUGUAGUUGCCGAAGCAGGGGACGAUGUCUUCAGCAUCUUAGUGCCUUGAGGAGAAUGUUCUCUGAGUGCCCGUUGGUAAGUGACGAAGCUGCCGAGUAUUGCUAUGCCGAUAAAUUGAGUGGGCUGAAGGAGGACCAUGUCCAGCAAGUUCUCGGGCUUUCGGCAAUCGUCAGUCGAUAUGUUUGCUCCCACUUUUUAUGA